UAGGAUUAACACUGCUUUCUGAAGUCUGAAGUUCCAAGAACAUGAAAAAAAGCACCUACUAAGAUGAAGUGAAGUGCUCUAUUUUGAAUCCUCUUUCAAUUGUUUUGUAAGAAACUUGCUUCAGGGUCGCAUUGACAUCUUUGCGCAACAUUUUAAAAGGAGAGACCUUGCUUUCCUCCAAACUCCUUUUCAGAGCGAGCAGGUCAGGAGGGAGCAGAGGGGGCUGAAAUCAGAGUCCAACCCUCGGAGGUGGAUUCAUGGCGUGUUUGUUCACGAGCAGGAGGAGGAGCGGUGGGAGGCGAGCUUGAGGAAGAGAAGGAGAGAAGGACAAGAAGACAGAGGUUUAAACACAACAGUGAAUGAGGAGCAUUGUUUAGUGAGUUGGAUUCAAAGAGCGGUGGUGCAGACGGAUCAGAGGGAAAGAGGAAGCAUGCGGCUAAACUUGGACUUGUGAGCACGUGUUGCUGACUGCAGACACAGACUACCCAGAUGAGAAAUGAGGCUGACUUCCUGAGACCCCUUUAUUCCCACAUCUCCCCUGACCCCUGACCCUCAGAGCCUUGGUGCCCACGUCCCAACAUGAACCUGCUCUGUCGCGGGAGGCUGAAGUUACUGGUGGCAUCCCUGUCUGCCGUCGUGCUGCUCACCUGGCUCUACCUUUUCGCCGGAAACCUGGAGAAUGGCCGCGCCUUACUCCUCCCUCCGUGUUUGGCAGAGACACCAGCGUCUCAGGUCCAGGAGCGAGCCGUCCUCGAGUCUCGGGUCCGAGAGGUGGAGGAGGAGAACCGACAGAUCAGGCUACAACUCAGUCGAUCUCAGGGUGCUGCUGCCCAGACUCCAGAUGGUAGCUAUGGUAACCAACAGUGGGGGGCAUCUGCAGACACGGCAGCGGAGGAUGGGGACACAACAGCAGAGGAGAAGAACAACCAUACGGAUUGUCCAAGAUCGCCCACCGUCCAGAAGUGUGAAAUGAUCCAUGUGGCCUGUGUUUGCGCCGGACACAACGCCAGCAGGGAUGUGGUCACUCUGGUGAAGUCAGUGCUCUUUCACAGGAGAAACCCCCUUCACUUCCACUUCAUCACAGAUACUGUGGCCCAUCAGAUCCUGAGCUCCUUGUUUCAGUCUUGGAUGGUCCCGUCAGUGCAGGUCAGCUUCUAUGACGCCGAGGAACUGAAGACAGAGGUCUCAUGGAUUCCCAACAAGCACUACUCAGGGAUUUACGGCUUGAUGAAGCUGACGCUAACAAAAGCGCUGCCCUCCGACCUGACAAAGGUCAUCGUCUUGGACACUGACAUCACCUUCGCCACCGACAUCGCUGAGCUGUGGGGCAUCUUUAGAAAGUUUAAUGACAAACAAGUGAUUGGUCUUGUGGAGAAUCAGAGCGAUUGGUAUUUGGGGAACUUAUGGAAAAACCACAAACCCUGGCCAGCCCUGGGACGAGGCUUCAACACGGGCGUCAUUCUUCUCUAUCUGGAGCGGUUGCGGAAGAUCGGCUGGGAGCAGAUGUGGCGUUUGACGGCAGAGAGAGAGCUCAUGAGCAUGCUGAGUACCUCUCUGGCUGACCAGGACAUCUUCAAUGCCUUUAUUAAGCAGAACCCAGUUCUGGUUCACCAGUUGCCCUGCUUCUGGAAUGUGCAACUCUCAGAUCACACGCGCUCCGAACAGUGCUACACAGAGGUGUCUGACCUCAAGGUCAUCCAUUGGAACUCUCCAAAGAAACUCAGAGUCAAGAACAAGCAUGUGGAGUUUUUUCGGAACCUCUAUCUGACCUUUCUGGAGUAUGAUGGAAACUUGCUGAGGCGGGAACUUUUUGGCUGUCCAAGCCAGGCCAGUCCAGAGAACACUGAGGUAGAUGCCGAGCUGCAGGUCGCCCUGGAGGAUCUGGACGAAGACGAUCAGUGUUACGACUUUCGCCGUGAGCGUCUAACCAAACACAGAGUGCAUCUCUACUUCCUUCAGUAUGAAUAUCUGCCCACCGAGGACGACAAUGACAUCACUCUGGUGGCUCAGCUGUCCAUGGACAGGCUGCAGAUGUUAGAGGCUAUUUGUAAACACUGGGAGGGCCCCAUCAGCUUGGCCCUAUACAUGUCUGAUGCGGAGGCACAGCAAUUCCUCCGCUACGCACAGGCCUCAGAGGUCCUUAAAAACCGCAAAAAUGUAGGUUACCAUAUUGUCUACAAAGAGGGGCAGUUCUACCCAGUCAACCUGGUUAGAAACGUGGCCAUGAAGAACAUCAAUACGCCAUACAUGUUCCUGACUGACGUGGAUUUCCUGCCCAUGUAUGGACUCUAUGAUUAUCUCAGGAAAUCUGUGGUUCAGUUGGACAUGGCUCACACCAAGAAAGCUCUGGUGGUUCCAGCAUUUGAGACACUGCGUUAUCGUCUGUCCUUCCCGAAAUCCAAAGCAGAGCUGCUUUCCAUGCUGGACAUGGGAACUCUGUACACCUUCAGGUAUCAUGUGUGGCCCAAAGGUCACGCCCCCACCAACUAUGCCAAAUGGAGAACAGCCACCACACCGUACAAGGUGGAGUGGGAGCCAGACUUUGAACCUUACGUAGUGGUACGGCGGGACUGUCCAGAGUACGACCAACGCUUUGUGGGUUUUGGCUGGAACAAGGUUUCACAUAUCAUGGAGCUAGAUGCACAGGAGUACGACCUCAUGGUCCUACCCAACGCCUUCAUGAUCCACAUGCCUCACGCCCCCAGCUUUGACAUCUCCAAGUUUCGCUCCAGCUCCAGCUAUCGCAACUGCCUGAACACCCUGAAGGAUGAGUUCCACCAGGACCUGUCCAGGAAGUACGGCGCCGCUGCUCUUAAGUAUCUUACCGCCCAUCGGAACAUCUGAGGAGUCAUUCUAUCAGAUGGACGAAUUCCCUUAUGAUGCAGCCGGCCUGCACCUGCGCCGAGCGCAGACUCAACGGUAAAGCUUUACAGCUCUUUUGGGAUAAUCUCACUCCUACAAAUGAAUUCACCACUGAACUGUAUGUCCCAGUGACCAAAACAGGAGGUGCAAAGAAAGAUUUAUAUUCAGUGGAUUCAUUGGGGAGCAGGUACUGGGAAAAGCUUUAUGAGAAUAUUCUCCUAUGUUCUGACAAUCAGGACUGACUCCAGUGGACUCGACGCUACCAUGAAAAUCUGGACACUCAUGGAGACAGAUGUGUGCCAUUGUAACCAUUUCUUUUCAAGUCGGACUGCAGAAAGAUACAAGCCUUACCAAUUUACAACCAUAUGAUGUUAAAAAAUAUAUUAUUUAGAGUGUCAGUAAGACCCAAUGAAAACUGAUUUCAUGUCCUUUGGUAACAACUUUUGAGUCCAGUUUUCCUUACGUCCUAAAUGUUUCGGAGUCUGUUUCACCGAACAGGCUAACUGGCGGUAUCACAAAUUAACUAUUGGCGUCAGGGAUGUGUCUAUAUGUGCGUGAAAGAUGGAUCCAGUUGCACCGCAAACAUGCUUGUUGUCAUUCCUGCUUCUGUCUCGACCAAGGCCUCCGUGCUGGCAUGUCAACACAUCCACAAAAGUCAUAGGUUUUGUCUUUGUUCUGUUGAAUGUUCUGUUCAGUGCAGAACAAUAAUGACACACGGGACCAACGUAUACCGCCACCCCUUUGCUUGAGAAAGGUGUAGCCGUUGUUUUAAGGCCCAUUUAUGUUACGUACGGAUAGGGAUGGAACCUUCUGUCCUUGCAGUGUGUUUAUUUCGUCCAUAUUUCUGCACUUUUCCACAAAGCUUACGGAUAUGGACCAAGUGGAGCAGUACGACCAUAAAACAUAGGGGCAGUGUUGCUGUUACUUCCCGAUACGUAGCUCUCAUGGGUCACAAAGACUUAACAAUGGUGGAAAUUCUCCAGUCCUCCAGUCAUGAUAGAUUUAAUGAAUCCACCGUCCACCACCACAUUGUCAAUACUUCUUCCACAGUCGCCAUGUUGGUUUUGGAGUUUGUAGUUAUCACAAACGUUUUUACUUUUUUAACUCUUGGCUGCUCCCCCUGCAACAGCAAUACCAACACAUCGAACGCAUAGAAGUAUGUGAUCAGUGAAGGAGCAUAAAUGGGCCUUUAGUCUUAGAAACUGGACAUGUGCAUAGCUUCUUUGACUCUGAUCUGAUAGAUCAAAAGUAGAUAUCCAUAGUCAUAAUCACUGUCAUAGGCCUUUGUCGCAUUGCAACAGACACAGGUGGAACAUAUUCAACAUGAGAAGAGCUCAGCGAGUACGGGAUUUCUAUUUGGAGAUCCAAAAGCAGUAUAUACAUUUUAUAAUAUACAAUAUUGGAAGCCUCAUUCUUAGCCUCCUAGCCCUUUAAUUCAUUUAAAUACAACCAGGACAUGUUGUCCUGCUGCAGCCGGUCGCCUUGAAAUGUAACCACUUUAUGGAAUUAAACAGGUAUUAUGUUGUAGCAAAAGUAAAUCAUAUCAUACUCAUAAGCAGAAGUCGUCAAACAUUUACAGCAUAGGUCUCAAACUGAUCCACACAAGGGCCACUGAGGGUACAGGCUUCUGUUCCAAACAAACCUACAGUACCAGACUGAGUCCUUCCAUUGGUGUUCUCUUGACUGGGUGACACGAAAGCCUGCACCAUGGGGGCCCUUUUUUGGAUCAGUCUUGGACCCCAGCUCAACAUUUGGAAUGAGCGUGGAUUAGAAAAAGUAUCCAUCCUCCAACCAAUCAUGGUGGACUCGUCGGAGAUUGACAUGUUUCACUUUCAUCCAGGAGAUCCAAAGCAGUUCACUUUUAAUAAUGGGUUUACAUAUUGGCACCAUCACCUCUACUUUUGAAAGUCUAGUAUUCUUCAUUGGCUUUUAAACUUCUGAUGAGGUCGGACCAGAGACCGCCCUUGAGAGUGACGCUACAUCCCAGACAGUUCCUCACUCUAACCAGUUUCUGUUCUGAAGCUCUUCUGACGUCCACGCUGACCUGCACUCUAAUAAACUGUGCUUAAGCACAAUGGUUUUUUUCCCUGUCAUAUCAUGUGUAGAAAGAGUAUUGGGGAAGAAUGAGUGUGGUCUUGAAAAUGCAGAUAUAAAAUCACAAUGCAGAUAUAUGAGAGUGUUGCUCUCGACACUAAAGACACUGUUGACUUUUAGAGGUAGUUCUAGUUUUGGGGCAACCACAAGAAAAAUAUUGUCUGAUUAAGUAUCAUAGACAUAAAACUAAAAAAAAAAAAGACAGUGCUAAACACACUCACCUGACUCACAGCCAUUUGGCCUUCUUUUGAGGUGAAAGUAGCAGACAAAGGUUAGCAAAACCACAGUUAUCAGGUCGAAACACGGGAACGAGGGUCCAUUUGCGGCAAACAGCAGACUGAGAAUUCACCAGGGAUCCUUCCUUGAACUUCUGAAUCACUAUUUUAAGUAUGAAUAACAAACGUGACUGAUGAUUUCAUUUAUCCCAAAGAGUUUAUUCAAAGCCCAAUGUCUUACUCAGGAGUUAUUAUUUAUUAUUUAAUCCCCAAAAUAAUCUGGCCGGACUGAAAUAAAAGUUUAAAACUUUCAUUCAGUCAUCGUUUUGGGCACAUUUUCAAGGACAUUAGGGACAUGAAAACAUACCAGUAAACCUAACUGUAUUUGUUUACUUGAAGAAACAGUCCUGUAUCGUUCAUGAAUGUCCCCCCUGCCGUCCAUCUCCACCACAACGCAGACAGGAGUCAGUCACCUUGUGUGUGUGCGCCAUUCGAGUGACAUCUUUGCUUUAUUUAUUUGUGACGAUACAAACUAAUGAAUGGUUUCCAGUGUCCGUUUGGGUGUAAGGUCUUGAAUUGCUAGGUCUGACAGUAAGUGGCAAAGAGAUGGAAUCGCCCUUUCGCUACCACCAUGCUCAUGCUCCGCCUACAUCGACUCGUGGUUGAUUGUGGUAAAUGCGAGUGCCUUUGCUGUAUUGUGAAACUGGAUAUUGAUUGUACUGUUGUACUGACGGAGCCUGGAGAGAGUCAGGCACUCUAUUUAUUAUUGUUGACUCAAAUCAAUCAUAUUUUUCUAUGUAAGUGCUUUAAAUAAAUCUGCCCUUUUUACA